CGGUAAACUACUCAAGAAGACAUUAUUAAACCGAAAGGGGAGGGGUGCACAAAGACUCGCUGGAUUGCGUCAAUAAUAAUCGCUCUCUUUCGGUCAGAACGUGGGACGUUUCAGAAGGGAGCUCUCCAUGUGAUUGAUUCAGUGAGUUCCUUCAUCAGCGGCAGGCAAGGCAGCUGCAGUUCCCCUCAUAAACACACUCACAUAGCCAGUGUGCAAGAAGGAGCAAGGACGUCCCUUUUCGCAAGCAAACCGGAGAUGCCAGGCGUGUGAACUUAAUAUAAUAGUCUGCCAUUGCAAGAUAACUUCAUUUCCGAGAGUCUUAUUGUCGUGUUUGAAAGAUUCCAAUCGGCGGACAGAUCUGGCAACAAAGGACAAUUUACCCUGCCGGAAAUCGUGAGGAUAAAGAAGGCAGGAAUUAAAAGCCAUUAUCAUGGAUUUUGUUAUGAAGCAAGCGUUGGGAGGAGCCACCAAAGACAUGGGGAAAAUGCUGGGUGGGGAAGAGGCUGAGAAGGAUCCUGAUGCGGAGAAAAAGGAGGAGGAAAGACAAGAGGCACUUCGGCAACAAGAGGAGGAGAGGAAGGCAAAAUAUGCAAAAAUGGAAUCUGAGAGAGAAAACGUCCGACAGGGCAUCAGGGAUAAGUACGGCAUCAAGAAGAAGGAGGAGAAGGAAGCCGAAGCCCAGGCUGCUUUGGAUCAGGCAGCAGAGGGGAGUCUUACCCGCCCCAAGAAGGCCGUCCCAGCCGGCUGUGGUGAUGAGGAGGAGGAAGAGGAAAGUAUCAUGGACACGGUCAUGAAAUUCCUCCCUGGCCCAUUUAUGGAUAUGUUCAAUAAAAAGUAACUGUGUUGGCGGUAUUAGAUUGUUAACCUUCCAACAUACAUAACCAAGACCACCACCCCAACCAACUUCACCCAUACAUCCCCAUUCUAAGAGCCCUGGAUUUGAUCAAUGUGCCAUAAUAUGUUUCCUUAACUUAAAUGAUCUGAUCUAUCCAUGUGUUACAUUGUCUUGUUUGGAAGGAAGACCACUGAUUGGUGAUACCAUGACCUGAUGUAUGAACCUAUGUACAUCUGCAUAGAUCCAAUACCUUAAUUUAAAGACAAAUUUGAUGCCAGGUUUUCAAGGUGUCCAGGCCUUAGAAUGUGAUCUGAUAAACCAUAAUCCACCCUUUUUGUUUGUAAAUAAUAGCCUCUGGAUUAAAAUAAAUAUAUGUGAGUACCAGAAAAUAUAUAAAGAGUAUAAGCCAUAAUUUAAACAUUUAAGAUAUUCUCCAAAUCAUAUCAAUAUUUGAUUGAAUUUUACUGUUUUGUUCUUGAUAAUAUUGAUAUAUACAUGUAGUGUAUAUAUAAAUAAAUAAAUAUAUAUAUAUAUAUAUA